ACGCUUACACUCUUCUUUAGUUCUUACCUCUUCAAACCCUAGCCUCCCUGAUCCAUCCGCACCUCGAAAUUUCGGCAGCCGAUGCCUCCGCCAUCGCCGCCGUGGUCGCCUAGCACCUCUUCUAUCUAGGUUUCGUCGGUCCCUCUUCUUCCUGCGCCCUCAAGAUCUGCGCGACGACCUGAGCUCUCCGUGCUGUUUAGGGCGGCCAUGAACAGCGCGUUCAGCGAGGACAUACUCGCUGGCAAGCUCGCCAAGCUCAACAACACGCAGCAAUGCAUCGAGACGUUGUCGCAUUGGUGCAUUUACCAUAGAAAGAACGCAGAGCAAAUUGUUCAGACUUGGGACAAGCAGUUCCACAGCUUUGGCAAGGAGCAGAAGAUCCCUUUCCUUUAUCUUGCUAAUGACAUCUUACAGAACAGCAAGCGCAACGGGACAGAGUUUGUAGAAGAAUUUUGGAAGGUUCUCCCUGGGGCGCUUAAAGAUGUAAGUGAGAACGGUGAUGACCGUGGGAAGAAGGUGGCAUCUAGGCUGGUUGACAUAUGGCAAGAAAGGAGAGUUUUUGGCUCACGCGCUGGGGGUAUCAAGGAUGUGAUGCUUGGGGCAGCCCCCCUUCCUGUUUUAGAUAUGACCAAAAAACGGUCUCGCAGUUCAGCAAUAAGGAUUGUUAAAAGAGAUUCUCGUUCUGUGAAACUGAGACUAGGCAUUGGAGGAACUGCAGAGAGGAUCAUAUCUGCAUUGCACACUGUUCUCAGUGAACAAGCAGAUGAGGAUGAUGACCUGGAAAAAUGCAAGACUUCUAUGCGUCAUGUUGGAAAGAUGGAGAAGGACGUUGACAGUGCUUGUAGCAAAGCCGAAGAUCCUCGUCGCGAGGUUCUUUGCACAGAACUAAAAGAUGAGGAAGCUAACAUGAAAAAAUGCAUCGAAAAGCUAAAAGCUGUUGAGAAAAAUAGAGCAGCUAUUGUGUUUGAACUGAAGGAGGCACUGCAGGAACAGGAAUCUGAACUGGAGAAAGUCCGCACUCAGUUACAGCUAGCUGAAGCAAUGGUACAUGAAGCCUCGAACAUGCAGCGGAGACUCAAGAAUGAGCCAACCAUUCCGCUGCCCAGAUCAGCAUCGUUAGUAGAGCCAGGAAAGGUGGUCUCCAAUGGGCAAGUAAAGGAGCAGCACAAGACGGCUGCUGCUAUCCUUGCAGACAAGAUUGCAGCAUCAUCAAACUCUCAGCAGAUUCUGCAGUCUGCACUUUCGAAGUUUGCUGCCGAAGAAGCAAAGAAUUCAUCUGAAACACGCUCAGAUAAGAGGCAAAAGGCUGAACAACUAUCGCAGGUACCAAGCGUCGCAAAUGCCGCUGCUUUUGUUCCAAUGCCACAAGUGGUUGCCACAACAGCUCAGCAGCAGCCCCAGGCAAUCUUAGUGCAACAAGCACCUAUGCAGAGCCAAGCCACUGCAUCUCAGCCCCAGUACAAUAUCUACCAGGCCCCGCCCCAGCAGUUUGUCCCUCAGCCUGGAGGUGUAAUGAUGGGCAUGCCUUACAACAUGAGCUCCAUGACCCCACCGCCUCCACCGCCGCCCCAGAUGAUGAGCCUAGGAAGGCCCUCACCUUCAGCUCCACAGCCCCAGAUGGCUGUCAUGCCGCAGACUCAGCCUCCAGCGCCACCGAUGCUUCAGCAGCAGAUGCCAAUGAACCUAGGUCCUCAGAUGCAGUUCACCCUUCAACCGCCUGGCGUGCCGCCUUUCAGGCCCAUGCAGCCACCUCCUGGGAUGCAGUACUUCCAUCCCCAAUCUCAGUGACAGUUUUGGUAGCCCAGCCCUGUUAAACUUUUGACAGGUUCUCAAUUUAGCGUUGACUAGUAAGCAGGAUCUGACUGCUGUAGGGUAUACUGUUUGUGUGGUUCGUUUCGACAUAUGUUGUUGUACUGUACAUGUAAUGCGAGGAGAGGUAAAGAGCGAGGAGAGAAAUGAAGAUUAAAGAUUUCACAUAGGCCUGCUUCGUUCUCGUAAGGUGGUUUGGUGGGUUGAAUCUGCGGCUGCAAGUGAGGUGAGUUCUCUUUUCUCAUUUUUGUGCAUGCAGGUAAAGCUUCUGGGUUUCCUAAAGGGGCAGAGUUUAUGGGCCUGAUUACAUCAGCCGUUUUUUUUUGGUACCAUAGGCAACGAAAUACAGAAAUAUUAUUUUUGCAUAUUACAAUAGCCUGGAGCAAGGUGGAGCUUGCUCCUAGUCACCUAGUGCCUCAAUUAGACAACUUGCCAGCAUCGCAGUUCCAACCUCCAAGGGCAGCAAGUUCUGUAUGAAAAUUGAGGCAGAGAUGUGCUGCUGUCUUACCCCAUGCAUCUGGGAUGCUCUUAUCUAACUCAAAACAUGAUGUAAUCUCUCUCUAGUAUGCAUGAUCCCAACCCCAAGAACAUCCUUAUAUGGAGGAGGAAACAAAGUGUGAUCUUGCAGGCAAUAGAUAGCCUGCGGGAACAUGCAUUGACUGGAUGUUGCGAAUUUACCUGGCAAAUAUUUAUAUAGGUUACAUCUAAUUCAGUACUA